AUGAGCAUCAUCCAGCUGAUAACCAGGGUGGCUCGUGCUGCUACUACCAGGCUUCCUCCGGUGUCAUGGCUCUCUCUUCACCACUCAUGUCUGCCAGCCACUCUGCCUUGUGAACCCCUGGGCCUGGGCCCUGGCGUACCCACCGAUUUCUGCAUCGGUGGAAGGAAGGGGUCCGGUGGCGUGCUUGUCUCCAGGUGGCGUGCUUGUCUCCAGGUGGCGUGCUUGUCUCCAGGUGGUGUGUCCGCCUCAGAUGCCGUUAAUGUGGGAGGGGAAGGAGAGAACUCUCCUCCAGGUGGUGGGGAAGGAGAGAACUCUUCUCCAGGUGGAGGGGAAGGAGAGAACUCUUCUCAACGCAACGCACAACUCUGUGCUCUUCUCCCCGUCUCUCCCCUUCCGCAUCCCCUCUUAUGUCUGAGCAAUAAGAGAGCGGCUUAUUGGACGAACAAGGAAGGAACGCAGGAGAGCAAUGAGUCUGCCUGUUCUCUUCCCCCCUUGCCCGCUUCUCCUUGUCUUGUGUAUCCUCGGUUGGCCUCUCAGAUGCUCGCGUUCAUGUCCGACCUCAAAGAGAGCGGCCUGCUGGACGAGCACGGGGGGAACGCACCUGAAGAGACGGAGCGUGAGAGAGGUAGCGUGGGAGAGGAGGAGAGUGCAGAGGGGGAUGUGCCGAAAGGGGAGGCUGGGAGCGGGAAGGAGGGUGUGGGGGGCAAGGAGGAGGGAGAUAUAAAAGAGGAGAAGACGAUAGAUGGUGAAGGGAGGUUGGAAGAGGAGGGAGAGGAAGGGCGAGGAGGGAGUGGCGGGGCAGCAGAGGCAGAGAGCAAAGCUGACCGGCAGAGUGAUGCUUGGGAAAGCCGUGAGAAGGAGGGGAAGGAGAAGAGCGGGGAGGCGCAGAAGGGAGAGGGAGAGGAAAGCACCGGGGAGGCGGGCAAGCAAGGCGCGCAUGCUGUGCCUUCCCAUGCCGCCGCUGCUGCUGCUGCUGCUGCUGCUGCUGCUGCUGCUGCUGCUGCUGCUGCUGCUGCUGCUGCUGCUGCUGCUGUGUGGCAGGCCGUGUUGGAGCCCGACAGUGGCGAGUACUACUACUGGAACACCGUCACUGGGGAAACCUCCUGGUCAGUUCCGGACGAGGUUGUGCAAAACGAGGGUGCUGGGGUUGCGGUGGGCACGUCAGAGGGCGGAGAGGGAGUGGGAGAGAAGGGGGGAAUGAUUGAGGGAGAUGAGGAGGUGGGGCGGUGUGAGGGCGAGAGGAGGGAGAGAGAGGAGGAGAAAGGGGAGGUGAGAGAGGAGGAGAAAGGGGAGGAGAGAGGGCAGGAGAGUGGGGAGGGUGGUGAACCGAGACAGGAGGGUGGUGAACCGAGACAGGAGGGUGGUGAACCGAGACAGGAGGACGCAGAUGAGGCGAUGGGAAGUGCAGGGGAAGGAGACGGGGUUGAGAGGAGGGAGAGAGAAGGGGAGCGGGUGGAGCAAGAGGACAUGGCUAUGCGAGAGGAAGUGGGGAGGCAGGAGUGUGUGGAAGAGCAUGUGGGGAUGGACGAGGAGGGCAGUGACGGCUUGCGUGCACGUGAGGGCGUGGAGGCAGCUGUCCCUGCCGCUGCUGCUGUCCCUGUCUCUGUUCUUGAGGGCCCAAGGAAGCAGUCAGAGGGACAAGUAGCUGAGCGCCACCUGGCAAGAGGUGCUGCUGACGUGGCGAGCGCCGUUGCCAUGGCAGCAGUGCUCCAGUCCUUGCAGGAGCAGGUCGACUCAGCAGAGGCUGAGCUGGCAGCAACAGCUGCUGACGUGGUGGAUAAGAUGGGUGACGCUGCAUCCAGGCUGGAGUCCGUGCAGCAGCAGCUGGUAGCUGUCGAAUCUAGGCUUCUUGCUCCUUCCCCCACUUUCAACGCUUUACCCUCUCUCCCUUCCUUCCCACUGUCCCCAUCACUUUCCGCCUCCCUCACCGCCCUCUCCGCCUCUCUCACUCGCCUGCAGCUAGAGGCCUCCAUCCGCCUGUCAGACCUCUCUUCCCUCUCCCACCGUUUUGCACACGCGUCUGCAGCAGCACCUGUAGCGACAGCUGUAGCGCCCCCUACCACUGCAACUGCUGCCCCUACUGCCCCUGCAGCUGUAGCGCCAUUAUCCUCUGCUGGGUUGCCAGAACCUCCCGUGCUGCACCCGUGGCAGGACCUGCAGCAACGGCUUGUACAGGUGCAGAUACAGCAGGGGUUGCAGGCGGGGCUGCUGGUGGUUGUGGGGUACUGCUUGGAGCAGGUGGGGCGAGUGGAGGGAGAGAGUGAGGAGGUGCAGGGGAGAGUGGAGAGAGUGAGGGAGCAGUGGGAGGAGGAGAAGCAACGGCGGGAAGAGGAAGAAGAGAAGCAACGGCGGGAAGCGGAGGAAAAGCAACGGCGGGAGGAAGAGGAGGAAAGACAACGGCGGGAGGUAAAAGAGAAAAAGGAACGAUUGGAAGAGGAGGAGAGACGGGUGAGAGAAGAGGUGAGGCGGGGACGGGAGGAAAUGCAAAGGCAGGAAGAGGAGAAGGAAAGGAAUGAGCAGGUGAGGGGGGAGGUUGCAGAUAAGGUGAGAGAAAUGGGGAAUCAGGAGGAGCGGGGUGGGGUGGAGAGGGGUUCUGGUCUGACUUGGAAGGGUAUGGAGCAGUACUCAGCAUCAGAGAGUGGGGAGAUUUCUCCAGAGGGAGAGGAGGAGGAAGUGGAGGGAAGAGCAGGAAAGCGGGCGGUGAAGCAAAGCGGUGCUGGUGGGUUGGGUGGUGUUGGUGAUGACAAUGAUCUUGAGGCGACUAGAAAGAGUGGUGCUAAUGGGUUGGGUGGGCUGGGUGGUGGUGGCGACGAGGACAUGGACGUGGAGAUGGAGUUGGAUGGG